AUGCCAGAAAACAUGAACAUAUCUGUGAAUGGACAAUCUCAAGUCCCUCCAGGCUUCAGGUUUCAUCCAACGGAAGAGGAGCUGUUGCAGUACUAUUUGAGGAAGAAGGUAUCCUUUGAGAAGAUUGACCUCGAUGUCAUUCGAGACGUUGAUCUCAACAAGCUCGAGCCAUGGGACAUACAAGAGAAGUGCAAAAUAGGAAGCACCCCACAAAACGAUUGGUACUUCUUCAGCCACAAAGACAAGAAGUAUCCAACGGGAACCCGCACCAACCGCGCCACUGCUGUUGGGUUCUGGAAGGCCACCGGCCGCGACAAGGUGAUAUACAGCAACGGGAAGAGAAUCGGAAUGAGAAAAACUUUGGUUUUCUACAAAGGUCGAGCCCCUCACGGCCAAAAAUCCGAUUGGAUCAUGCAUGAGUACAGGCUAGACGAUAAUAACACCAGCGAGAUCACCAAUAUUAUGUCCAAUGCGAUGGGAGAUACGGCCCAGGAAGAAGGAUGGGUGGUGUGCAGAAUAUUCAAGAAGAAGAAACAUCUCAAAUGCCUAGAAAGCCCUUUAGCCUCAUCCAUCGCUGGGGAAACCGGAAGAAGCAACUUGUUUGAUUCUUGUGACGAUGGAGCUUUGGAGCAAAUAUUUGAGCAAAUGGGGAGCGACUACAAGGAAGAUGAUUACAACAGUGGAAUGUGUUCCACUGACGGGGCCUUCAGUGUUGAAGGCUACCAUGACAAGUUCUUGAAACUCCCAAGCCUAGACAGUCCAAAAUCGAUGAGCAAGGAGAGGCAGCAAAAUGAUAAUAAUGAAAACAAUAAUAAUGGGUACCACUACCAACCCAUUAUUCGGGUAGAGAUGGUCACAGACAAUGAAGGGUCAUUGGCAACCCACAACAUAAUUCAUCAUCCAACUGGGUGUGGUGGCCUCACCAACUGGGCAACCCUUGAUCGGUUGGUUGCAUCCCAAUUGAAUGGCCAAAGUGAGGCAUCUGAGCAAUUGGGUUGUUUCAAUGACCCCCCCAUCAUCACCAUGGGAUAUUGCAGUGGCGAGCACGACGAUCAUCUCCCAUUGCCCACCCUAUCAUCUUCAUCAACAGCACACAACAACGCUGCUACUUACACUACUACAACAGUACAGGAGCAAGCUUACCCCAGCGACGUUGACCUCUGGAACUUUGCCCGAUCCACAUCUUCUUUGUUGUCAACCUCCGAACCCCUAUGCCACGUGUCCAACACUUCAAUGUAA